AUGGCGUCAGCGUCGGAAUCUGAAUUAACGGCUGCUCAACAGCUUCAGGUGCCGGGAGAGGGGGCCACGGCAAAUAACCCGCACAGAAUUCAAAUUGAUUCUGAGGACGAAAGCUGCGAAUUUGACAUGGAUUUUGCCGACAUUAAAUCGUUAUCUUCAAGUGUUCUUGAAUAUGAAUAUGAAAACGGCCGGCGAUAUCACAGUAACCGCGCAGGCAAUUACAUGAUGCCAAAUGAUGAAGAAGAACAAGAUCGAAUGGACUUGACAACAAUGAAGGCCCACCAUAUAUGGCUCAUGUUAAUGAAAGGCGAACUCCACAAAGCUCCAAUAGUAAACCCCCAAAACAUUCUAGACCUCGGAACUGGAACAGGAAUAUGGGCCCUUGACAUCGCAGAAAAAUUCCCCCAAGCCCACGUCAUCGGCAACGACAUAAGUCCAAUCCAACCAAGCUGGACCCUUCCCAACGUGGAAUUCAUAGUCGAAAAUAUAGAAGACGCCUGGCUCUACAAACCCAACCACUUCGACUUCAUCCAUGCCCGCCUCCUAGCAGGUAGCAUAGCCGACUGGCCCGCCUUUCUCAAAACAAUAUACACCCACAUCCGACCAGGCGGAUACUUUGAAAUCCAAGAAUCCGCCGUUUGGGCCUGGAGCGACGACGGCUCGCUGAAAGCCGACUCACCGCUGUUUCAGUAUGUGCAGGCUCUGGACGCAGCGGGACAUGCAAUAGGCAGGGAGUUGAAUAUUUAUUAUAAGUUGCGUGAUUGGUUGGUGGAGACGGGGUUUGAGGAUGUGCAGCAGUAUACUUAUCUGUUGCCUUAUUCGCCUUGGCCAAGGGAUCCGUAUCUGAAGGAGAUUGGGAAGUUCCAGGCGGCGCAGGUUAAUCAGGCGGUUGAGGCUUAUGGGUUGAGGUUGUUGACGCAGGUUCUUGGGUGGGGGGCUGAACCGAGUAGGAUUUUUCAGGCUUUGGUUAAGAAGCAGCUGAUGGUUCGGGAGUUGCAUGCUUAUGUUAAGGAGGUUGUUGUUUACGGGAGGAAGCCUCUCAAUGUAUGA